AUGCCAAGCUUUAACAAAACUUCAUCUUGUGUACAAAAGAGCUUAUUUUCCGAGAGAGUAGAAAGAAAUUUUAAUAACAAAUGCGCCAAACGAUACUCAACAUUCACCUGUACUCAAUUUACUGGUCUUGAAACUUUUAAAAAAAAUUUUCACGUAGUUACAAAGCGUUUUAAUUCAGACGAUUCUUCAAAAUCGUAUAAAAAUAAUAAUGUAACUACUAUUAAAGAAAUUGUACGCGAGUCGCAACAAAAUAAUAUUAUUAGCUUUUAUAACAUUUCUAUGAAAGAAGAUAACUAUGGGCCUCGAUGUAUUUUAAUCCUCAAAUAUCCUGAUGGUGGAAUAUUUAAAACCUACUUACAAAGUAAUUUUGAUAAGCUUAAUUGGACACGUAAAUUAGAUCUUGCACAACAGCUUGCAGAUGCAAUUGAGUUUAUGCAUGAAAAUGAAAUUAUACAUGGGAAUCUUCAUUCUAAUAAUAUUUUCGUUUACGGGAAUAAUAUAAAAAUUUUAGACUUUGGGCCAAAUAUGCCCUGCUUUCAAACUGAAGAAUCGUAUAGAGUAACAAAAGAGUCUGAUGUUUAUAGUUUAGGCGUACUUAUGUGGGAAAUAUCUAAAAGUCGUCCUCCAUUUAAGCCUACAAAAGAAAUAUGCCAACUUUCGGAAUUAACUAUAGAUAUGUUAAAUGAUGCCAGCGUAGACUUUAUAGAAAAAGCUCAAACAGCUUACAUUGCUUUAUAUGCUGAUUGUUGGCAAGAUGACCCAAUAAAACGUCCCAAUAUACAAGAGAUAGUGAAAAGGCUCGAAAA